ACCGGUACGGUAAAAAAAGAAUCCAGUACCUUCCCUCCGAAAUAAGCAAAAUAAAAAUCACAUUAAUUCAAUAAACCGAAACAAAAUUCUUAAUUCUCAAUCUCUCUCUAAGGGAAAAGACAGGAAAAAAAAAAGAGUAAAGAUGGUAGCCCGCAAAUUCAUCAUCAGCCACAAUGACUCCAUCUUCGACGUCGAUUAUGACACCGACGACGGCCUCGAAGUUCUUAAGAUCCAGCUUAUCUCUCUCACUUCAAUCCCUCCUCAUCUCCAGCAGAUCACCGGAGAAGAUGAUGAUCGAGUCGUAUCGGACGAUUCUAAUCUCACUGGCAUUUCUAACAAACUCAAAUUGAUAAAAAUCAACGAGGAAGAGAAGGAAGUCAAGGUACAAGAAUCAAUUGCCGCUGUUGUUGUGCAGCAAAAUGAAGAGGAAUCAAUUCGUGAUGUGCCGAUUCUUGGAGGAGAUGACGUGUCGGAUGAUUCUGAUGUCGUUCAUGUUUCGAAUGAACUCAAAGAAUUAACUGUUGCCGAUCUGAUGAAAUCGGAUGAGGAGCUUGCGCAGAUGUUACAGGCAGAGGAGGAAGCGCUUAUGUUGCAAGAGUUUGCAUUAAUAAAUGCUCUGUCAUUGAAGAGCGAGAUUGACACUGAUGGAAAAGUGGACAUCUGUUUGGCUGGUGACCCUGUCACCACCUCUUUAGGACUGCCUGUUGUGUUGGAUGCAUUGGAUGAUUUGAUCAAUGUUCUUAACACCUUUGACAACAUAAGCAAAGUUUCUCUUUCCUGGCCACUAAUAAAGUUGAAUAGGAUCCAUUCAGGUUCUGUUCUUGCAAGUGGCGAGGAACUUCCUUUUGGAAUUGCCACAUCAGCAUUUGAUGGACUUCGCACGUCUAAAUGGGAAGAACCAGAUGGAGCGAGAGGUUGCUGGAUUGUUUAUAAACUAUCAGACAACCAGAUGCACAAACUAGUGGCAUAUGAUAUAAUGUCAGCUAAUGAUGCCCCAGAGAGAGACCCUAUGGACUGGGUUGUCGAGGGUAGUCAUGAUGGUGGUUCUAGCUGGCGUAUUCUGGAUAAACAAACUUCUCAGAUGUUCAAAGAUCGUUUUCAGCGUAAAUCAUAUAAGAUUAAUUCAGAUAGUGUCCCAUGCAACACUUUCAGGAAGUUCCCAUGGAUCCUUGAUACUGGGGUGCCAAGCAAACAGGCAAUGCUUGCUUGGCACAAGGAAGCACUAGUCGACCAGCAUACGAUAAUUCUUGAAUUGUCAAUGGGAUAA